AUGGCUAGCAACAUUGCGCCAUGGACAGACCAAGGCACCAGCGGAGCUAUCCAGAAUUGGUGGCAUGAGAGAGAUGAAGCCGUCCGUCAUCAUCAGGAUCGAUUUUACAAUGCGGUGUGGAGUUGGUGCCGUGAAGUGAAUGAGGGCACCUGUCGACUUGAAGAUCGAAUCAUUGCCGCCAUCCGGAAUUGGUUUGAGGAGUGGCAUGAUGGCAUCCGUCAACGUCGCUAUGAGCGUAUAGCUUUUCAUUCUCAAUCACCUAAUCCGCCACCUACAUAUGAAGAGGCCUGUGGACGUCACAUGCGAUUCUUCUCUGCUGUCUGGGCUCUGUUCCACAAAGGGCAUAGAUGUGCUACUCGAAGUGAGGAUCAAAUCCUCACUGCAAUGCAGAAUUGGUUGCAUAAGAUACAUGGAUUCACCCGUCGACAUAUCAAUUAUCAUUUACCUUCUCCCUCUAGCUCACAUAAUCCGCCGCCGACUUACCAAGAUGCCUGUCGACAUGAGACUCAAACCGUCGCUUCUUCUUCGCCUCCUUUACAUAAUCUGCCACCGACUUAUGAGGGGUUUCAUGACUAUCGCUGGAGGGCUGACGUGGAGGGGGGUCACGCAGGCUGACAUAGUCGAGGCCAGCUGAUGCAUAAAAAUCAC